AUGUCUUGGGCGCUCUUGCUGACCCUUGCCUGCCUGGCAUGCCAAACAAGAUUCGCCUUUGAAUGCCAGAUGCCGUCCGAGUGGCGACCCCUCAGCGAGGGAUGCCGCGCGGAGCUGGCGGAGAUAAUCGUGUACGCCAAGGUGCUGGCCAUCCACCCGGAGCCGUACAGCAGCAGCCUGCACAACUACCUACCCUAUCAGUACGAGGACGCGAAGGACGGACUGCUCUACUCCGCGGAGAUAGAACUGCAGUGCGACCAGGCGUGGGGCAGCAUGCUCGAAGUGCCCGCCGGCUCGCGUCUCAACCUCACGGGACUGGGCUACUUCUCGUGCCAGUCGCACACGGUGGUGCAAAACUACUCCUACAUCUUCUUCCUCAGGAUGGAUGAAAACUACAGCAUCCUGCCACACGGAGUCAACUUUCAGGACGCCAUCUUCCCCGACACCCAGGAAAACCGCAGGGUGUUCUCCAGCCUCUUCCAGUUCUCCAACUGUUCCCACGACCAGGACUUCCAGAGCUUCAGCCCAGACUUUGAGAUCCAAGAGGACAACAGGCUCCUGUGCUCCUCGGUGCAGCUGGCACUGUUUGAGGAAGAGGAGCGGACGAGGAAGCUGCAGGAGCGCGUGGCGCAGCUGGAGAAGAGGAACCAGCAGCUGAAGGAGCGCGUGCGCAAGGCGAAGCGCUCCCUCCGCCGGGCGCGCAGGAGCGGCCGCCGCGCUGAGAGGAGCAACAGGGAGCUGCGGGAGAGACUAGCCGCCGCCGCAUGCCAGCCUGCGUACAGCUACAGCGCCAAUGAGCUGGGGGCCCCGCCCCGCCACUUCCUGAAGGGGAAGUAA